CAAUGGCUACUUUAGUUUCUCGGUUAUCACCGAGAGAAAGAGACGCUGCUCUUCCUCUGCGUACGAUUUACCUGAACCGAGAAACUGAUGGCUUGUGGACUACCCCUGUUCUGCUGAAACAGACACACAGCAUUCGGUUUGCCAAGAUUUUCGGCAACCACUUGCCCCAAACAAUCGGAAUGUUAUGAGUGUGUAUAUUUCGAGGAGUUCUUAGCGUAUUUUGUGUUCGACUGUUUUGUUUACUUAACGUUGGAGUCCAGCUGACAGUAUGGGUGAUUUACCUAAUUUAUGUAAAUUUUGGUCCAUUGUCAUUUCGUUGUUCUGUUAUACCAUACUCAGUUCAGCAGAAUCCUUAUCCCGGAACUGUACUCAUGGUCGAGUGACUUUUGAACGGACUCCUGGCCUCCAGCUACCAAACAAAGAACUCGACAGACUGGGUCCUCUCGAAUUCUUGACUAAGACAUCUCCAACGGCCUGCUACAGAAAAUGUCUAGAAAGUGACCUCUGUGAAGGUUACUUCAUCGACCACGAAGACCAAAAGUGCGUCUUACUGAGAGGGGAGUCUCAAGUCUUACCUUUCAAAGGUCCCUUGGAGCACAGCAGUGCUUGGAGUUACCACAGAAAGAUAUGUUUAGGAGGAAAACCGUGCCAUAGACAGUGGGCUUUUGAUCGAAUUCCAGGUGUACAGUUAUUCGGUUAUGAUGACAAGCCUCUAUCAAACAUCGAAUCCCGGGACGACUGCCUGGAAAGGUGUAGUGUCGAGGAGAGUUUCGUCUGCAGGUCCGCGCGGUACGAUCAGCUCAACAGAACGUGUGUUCUCAGCCGACACGACCGCAGGACGGCUCCCGAGGCUUUCCGACGAUCGCUACAUCGAGCUGAGUACUUGGAGAACCAGUGCAUAACAGAGCCGUCUCGGUGUAUGUUCCAUCAACAGCGAGGGCGGACUCUCGUGCAACGAGGUCACGUGCACGUCCAGGGAUCGGUCAGCACGCGGGAAGAUUGUGAAACGGCCUGCGUACACCACACUGACUUUACUUGCCGGUCCUUCGAAUUCGAUCCGAGUUCGAAACUGUGCCUGCUGAGUCCCGAUGAUUCGCAUUCUAUUUCUGAAGAAUCGAGUACGCCCUCCAGUACUCAAGGACGUUAUUUCUUUGAGAGGGGUUCAUGCAUAGAGGUUCGCAUGCAUUGCGAAGCGACUUCUAUGACGGCCAUAGUGAAAGUGAUUACGCCGUUCCGAGGUCGUCUGUACGCUUUAGGCCACCCAUACGAGUGCUACGAAGUGUCUGUCAGGGCAAAUGGCGAAGUGGCACUCACUAUGCCCUUGCACGGACGAACUUGUGGAACAAAAAAUCUGGGUAACGGAACUUUCGUCAACAGCGUCGUCGUUCAACACCACCCUUUUGUACUCAGGAGCACUGACCGGAGAAUAGACGUCGCUUGCGAUUAUGAAGAAGUGCAGAGGAAGUUGCGGGGUGGAAAGCAAGUACUGGAAGGUGACCUGCAGAGCUUGACGCAAGUGAUCACAGGAUUGGCCGCUACACCCCCUGUGCGGUUACGUGUUCUCAACGCUUCCGGCUACGAAGUCAGGGGAGUGGAGCUAGGGGAGCAGCUUUAUUUGAAAGUAGAGAUGCUGGAUGAAGCUGUUUUUGGAAUCUUUGGGAGUGGAUUGUUUGCCAGAAGUGGAAAAGGAACAGAAACUGUCAUGCUAAUAGACGAUCGAGGGUGCCCGGUGGAGCCGAGUAUCUUUCCUGCUCUGAAGAAAUCGGAAGAAUCCAAAUCGUUGGUGGCGCCUUUCCAGGCUUUCAAAUUCGCAUCUGAGAGCACAGUGAAAUUUCAGCUUACAGUGUCUUUUUGCUUAGACUCAUGCGCACCGGUUAAGUGCGAAGAGGACGGUUCCAACGAGGUUCAUACCUCAUACGGACGCAGGAGAAAGAGAUCAGAUAGUCCAGUGCCAUCAUUGGAGCUCCAAUCUGGAGAUGUAGUCACGGAUAUCACCAUGGAAACGCCGUUAUUUGUAGUCAGCAGCUCUAAGCCCCAGUCCCCGCACAGCCCGAGCCAUCAGCAGAAGUUCACCACCCCAUCAGAAGGCAUUGACACCAUCCAACUAUCAAAGAAGGGCCUGUGCUUGACUCGUCCAGUCCUGUAUACUGUAGCAGUGGUGGCCAGUGUAGCGCAAGUAGCCUUCUUCGGGUCGUGCGUUCUACUUUUGAUCUUUGUACGUAGGUGCAGGCGCCUAAGGAGCCAGUCUUCCGACUACUACAGGAGCAGCAGGAGCUCUGUAUCCAGUAAACAGGAGUUAUGUCCCAGGACGUAGCAGACAGAAACAUUGUAAUGUAGUCUGUACAAAACCGACAAGAUCACGAAGAACAGCGUUGACGCUUCGUGGUGAUAAUUUAAGUGGUGCGGACGGUUUGGUGGGGUUGUGGAAAAUUGGGAAACUUCAUCUUGGAACUGUAAAGUACUUUUGGAUUUAUUUAUUUCUAUAAUUGGCCGUGCCGUUGUUCGAAGUUCCGAGCGUCAUAAAGUAGUCGUGACUUCAGUGACUGAGGCCUUUCCAGUUGUAAGAUGUGGUAAUGGUCAUACAGUUAGAAAUGGCUUUGAGGCGAAAGCAGGGUUGUCAGAUAACAAGAAUAGUUUACCUCAAUUUUUUAAUGAAAAUAUAUAUUUAUUUUAAUAAAGAGUAAUGGCAAUCGCACAUAAUCUGUCAUUCUGUAAUAAUUAAAUGCACACUAUAGUAUUAGAAAUUCGUUCUAUAUUCGACUUAUAAAAAUUCUGUAUGCAUAAAUACAGUAAAUCCUCUCAUGAUGACUUAUUUUUAAGACAAUAACCUUUGAAAAUAAUCGUUUGUCUAAGAGCAUCAAUAAAUACAAAUCUUAAAUAUUGUUACCCUAGAGCGACCACCUCUGCAGAAAUCCAAAAUCAUUUGAAACUGUGGGUUACUUUACUAUGAGUAAAAUAAGUAAGGCUACUUACUAAUUAAAACUAUUACUUAUUGCUAUUAUUUAAAAGGAGACUAGUAAAAUUUUCUGAAAUAUGAAGAGCUAAUUGCUCAUAAAUAUUUAUAAAACAUAAGAAAUGCAUACUCUUUAAUAAAUCAGCACGCUUGUGUACUGUAAAUGCAAUAUACAGCACUACAAAUGUCUUUUAAUAAUUUCAAUAAUUUUUAAUGUUUAUAAAAGUAAUUAGAUUGACAUAGUAUAUGUUAAAUGUUGUUUAAAUUAUUUCAGUUAUGUUUAUUAAUAAAUAAAAAUUAUAUUAUUAAAUACAUGUAUUGUUUUAAAAACACCUAGUUCUUAAAGCAGUCGCAAUUAUUGUACGGAAAUAUAAACAUCUUCUCUAGUUAAAACUGGCAGUACUUUUGAAACCGGUUACUUUCCAGGCCACGUAGAAGCUAAACAAAAAUAUUAUUUCUUGUGCAUUAGCAAUAUUUGUGCAUUAGCAAUAGUUGAAUUGAUGACAAAUGUCCUGGUAUAGCGUAAUGGCUGGGUAACAUUAUAUGAAAGCACGGAAAUUUGGAAGUAUAUAUUGGGCAAGAGAUAUAAAAUGAACAUAAAAAUUAUCAAUUGAUUAUAUUGCUGGAUUUAAAAUUACUUGAUGAAAAUACAUUACGCUGGUACACAAUACAGUUUUAUAAUUUAAAACUUAAUUAAAGGUCUCUGAAAAAUUGGCAGUGUCUAUCAAAACUGGCAUUUUGUCAAGUCUUUUAAAUGAUUAAUACUGUAACCGUAAUUUCAUGCGAUCGGAGAACAUGGGUAUUAAAUUAUAGACAUUUAUAAGGCUGAGUUUUUUAUUUUUUAAAUUAAUAUUAAAACAUUUUUAUUUUAAUAAAAAAGUGAGUAAUAUGAAAUUUUAUAGAGCAUAAUAUUUCAUAUAGGACGGAAAUAUUGCUUCAUCUCCCAUUAGUUUCAGAAAAGAUAAUCUGAGUUGGAGCAGUUUAUGUGACAAUGAUACGAAAAUUCUAUGUAUAUUCGUUUGGCCUUCAAACUAUUUUUUUCCUCUGGCAACCCUGCAAAGUAUAAACAAAUUUUCUACUCCUGUGGCAGAUACUCAUGCUGUACUACAAAAUGUUGUGUAUUAUUAUGUGUUUAUAAAACAUUUUUGUAAACAAAAAUACUGGAAACACAGUAUAAGAAAAAAGUGUAAUGUUAAAUGACACAAAAUUCUAUACAAGUUUGUAUAACGUAUAUUUAUAACUGGAUGUAAUAUGAAAAUACUUUUAAUCUUCCAAGAAAAUAAAAAGAAACAUCAGUAUUUCAUUUGUAAAAAUGAUAGUUUUGUCAUUAAAAACUUCAAAAUAA